CCGGCGCACCCAUCGUGCGCCGCAGCGUCGGCUGCAGCUCGGCAAAGCAGCCGCUGCGGUGACCACGCAGCCUCGACGCCAUCGCAGCGCCAUACACGCCCUCGCGGCCCUGAACGCUGCCGCUGCGGCGCUGCGAGCGGCAUGCAGGCGCUUCAUCGUCCGCGCCUCCGCCGCUGCCGCUGCGCGCUGAGCUGCACCUGGGCGAUCAUCGCCUGCAGCCUGCAGGGCAGAAGGCGCAACGGCGCUGCACGCGUGCAGCCCGGCGCCGGGGCAUGCUUCUCUGCAGAACGCCCAGCCGGCGGCCCAUGUCUGCCGCAGCACCAGCCGCGAGCAUGCAGCGGUGCCGUGGCGUGCAACCCUUCGGCCUGUCAGUUUGUCACGCUUGCGAGCCGUUGGCGAUCGCACAAGCAGUGCCGCUGUCUCGGGGCCGCCGGCCGCAGAGCGCCAGGUGCGGACGGCAUUCUGUCCAUGCCGUCUGGUGCCUCGCAGAGCGCUGGCCUCCCUUCUUCGCCCCUGAGCGAGACCAGGCGUGCCGCGGCGAAACGGCACGGACGAGUGACGAGGACACGCAGAUGCCACAGCGAGAUCUGCGAGAGCGCCUGCCUGCUGCGUUACGACACUUCGCCUCUGUUGGCCGACAAGAUCGAGAGCUGUUUCUAGGACCGGGCUCGUAAGGCUCGCUGACUCGCGCUGCGUCUUGUCAAAGCACACGUGUCAGCACGCGACGCGACGUUGACCACGCUCCGAGAGCGGUCCGAACCGCCCGCCAGGCUAGGCUGCGUUCCGAGCCGCCGGCCAGAAGGCUCCAGCCGCCGGACUGGAGCAGAGCGCACUUGAUCUACCUCUCCUCCGACGCCGGCCUUCUCCCUGCCAGCCGCUCGGCAGCUCGGCCGCACGCCAAAGUUCGCCGGUUGCGGCGGCGGCUCGAGAUGGCCGCUCCACAUCUCGAGUUUGCGCGGUCUGCGAAGCCGUGCCGGUGCCUGCCGCGGCUGCAACGGUAGCCGGUGCCUCGAGAUUGCCCGUGGCCGACGC